AUGAAACUAUCUAUCUUAUCACUGCUUGCGUUCUUAACAACAACAACAGCAGCAGCAGUAGUAGCAGGCUCUGAGGCAAACCCACUCGUUGCAGAUCAAGUAACAAACGAUGAACCCAAACGUCAAUCCGAUGCUGGCUCAAAUUCACAACCAAAGAUGGAUGUUCCUCCAACAUUAUCAAUGAAAGAAUUUGAUAAACUUACUCAAGAGAAACUUGUUCUUGUUGAAUUUUUUUCACCGUAUUGUCAUCAUUGUAAAGAAUUUGCACCAACAUGGAAGGAGACAUAUAUAAAAUUUAUCACAGAAUAUCCUGAUUUGAAUAUUGAAAUGAAACAGGUCAAUUGUAUUGAGAGUGGUGAUUUAUGUGAGCGUGAGAAUAUAGAUUUUUAUCCUAACAUCUUAUUGUAUGCCCCUGCGGUAGAUAAAAAUGGCAAGAAAACUGGGAAACUGAAAAAUAUCGAUUCAUAUCCAAGGAAUCUUGAUAGAAAUGUUGAGAAUAUUAUCAAAUAUUUACGCGAAGCUACAGCUGAGUAUGAUUCAGGAGCAAUUAAUUUGCCUAGUUCUUCGCAAUUGUUAGAUGUUGACACUAUGUCCAAGAUCAUGGAGGGAAAUAUUUCUACUCCAAUGUUUGUUUCAUUUUUCCCUGCUACAGCAAAGCAAUGGGAAAGCAUUGAGCAUCGAGGCAGGUUGGGGUUCUCAAAUUGUGAGGAUUGUUUACCUGCUAAACAAAUAUGGGAUAGGUUAUCAAACAAAGUCUUGUCAAUUUCCGAUACAGGCCAUUUCAUGUGUCGUGAUCAUAGAGAGGUUUGUGACAAGUUGAAGAUUACCACUAAUAGCGAACCUCAAUUUAUUAUGUUUUUACCAGAAUCAAUAGGGGCCAUUCGAUUUGAUUAUAAUGAUUAUGUUGACGUUAAUAGGAUGAAAUGGUGGGUACAGAAAUUAUUCCAAAAUUCUCAAUUUGAAGUUGUGUCCGCUCGUGGUAUAACCGAAGUCAUGGAAUACACCAAAGUAUUGUCCCAUGAACCUAUUGCUCAGUUUUAUCCAUUGAAAAGUAAAGUAACUGUAGUGUUUUAUUAUGACGUGGAUAAGGUCACUAAAGAAGAUGAAGAGAUAUUACCUCAUUUACUCAAAACAAUCCAAGAAUCUCCAUUUAAUAUUCAACUACACAAGGGCAAACAUAAAAAAAUCGAAGAGAAUGUUUUAACUAUGGGCCAAAAUUUAAUUGAUUACAUAAAUUAUGACGAAAAUGAUAAAUAUGAAUUUGAUAAAUCCUUACAAGUUAUAACUACUUUAACAACAAAACCAACGAUACUUGUUUUCAAAGAUAAUUCAUUACUCGCCGACGUCUAUCAAAGUUUAUCCCCUGAAGAUAUGAAAACAUAUGACAAAGUAGAGAGUUUCAUUAAUAGUAUACAGUAUCCUUUAUAUGGUCAAUUAACACCACAAUUGGCUUCUUAUUAUUUUAAGAAAAAUGAAAAGUACCAAGACCAUAAAGUUGUGGUAUUAUUCACCGAUUUACAAGACUUGAAGGGAACAGAUAAUCAAUUGUACAAAUUAUCAUUAGCAGCACACGAAUAUCAUCAUUUAAAACAGAAGUAUUAUUUUGAUAAAUUCAAACAAAGCAAUCAGGGGAACGCUGCUGCAGUGGAAAAAUUACAGGAGCAAAAUCAAGAAACUAUCGAUGCAUUGAAGGAGUUACGACAAGUAAUACCAGAAAUAUGGGAGAAUGACCAAGUCUUGUUUACGUUUAUUGAUUUACCCAAUGCAUAUAAACAGUUCCGUGGAGUUAAAGGAUGGAAACUUAAUCCUAAUAAUUAUCAAGUUGGUGAUGUGGUUGUGUUAUCUAAAGAUAACCGCUACUAUUGGAACAAAGAUACUCAAGGGAACAAAUUGACAAACGAACCAAAAGUAUUAAAGAAUGUAUUGAUGUCUUUAUUAGCUAAGGAUGACCAAUUGAAAGCAGCAAUAGUGGGUAGCCCCUAUGGAGGAGUUCUAGGGUUUAUGGAUUAUGUACAUGAUUAUGGAGUUUUUGGUUAUAUUGGUUUUUUCUUGUCAAUUUAUAUUGUUGGGUUUCUUGCUCUUCGUCUAGGAAGAAGAAGCAGUAGAAGAUGGCUAUUUAAAAGGCCGUCUUCAUCGACACCUAGCAGUGGUGGUAUAAUUGGUAAUAAUAAUUUUAUGCCUAAGAAGGAUUAA